CUUAACCUCACGCGUAAACUUCCUCGUCUUCUUCCUCCACCAUGAAAGCUCCUCUCUUCCUUCUCCUCUUCCCUCUCCUAAACCCAAUCUCAGCCGUCGAUCUCCUCUUCAACGGCUUCGAUGACUCUCCCUCCCCACCUCUCUCUCUCUUCGGAAACGCAACAAUCGAAUCCAAAGUCCUCACCUUAACAAACCAAACAUCAUACUCAACCGGUCGCGCCUUAUACAACACCACCAUCCGUACAAAAGACCCAACAACCUCCUCCCUCCUCCCUUUCUCCACCUCCUUCAUCUUCGCCAUGGCUCCUUCCAAAAACGCCGUCCUCUCCGGCCACGGCCUCGUCUUCCUCUUCGCACCCUCCACCGGUAUCAACGGAACAAGCUCUGCUCAGCACUUGGGUCUCUUCAACUUGACCAACAACGGCGACCCGACCAACCACGUCUUCGGUGUUGAGUUCGAUGUCUUCGCUAAUCAAGAGUUUAACGACAUCGAUGCUAACCAUGUCGGAAUAGAUGUUAAUUCUCUUAACUCUGUCUUUUCCAACACGUCUGGGUUCUGGUCGGAAGAUGAGAGACCAGUGUUUAAGCCGUUGAAGCUUAACAACGGAAGAAACUAUCAGGUUUGGAUUGAUUAUAGAGAUGAUAUAGUCAACGUUACUAUACAGCUCGCUGGUAAGGUUCGACCUAAGACUCCCUUGCUUAGCAAGUUUCUGAAUCUCUCUGGAGUUAUGGAGGAUGAGAUGUUUGUUGGGUUUACAGCAGCUACAGGGAGAUUAGUUCAGAGUCAUAAGGUUUUAGCUUGGAGUUUUAGUAACACUAAUUUCUCCUUGAGUGAUAGUUUGAUCACAACUGGUUUGCCUUCUUUUGUUAUACCUAAAGACUCAAUCCUUAAAAAGACAUGGUUUGUGUUUGUCUUGGUGUUGUUAUGUUUCUUGGUCGUUUCUUUGGUGGGUUUUGUUACGUUUGUUGUGGUGAGGAAGAGGAUGGAGAGAGCGAGGAAGAGAGCGUUGAUGGAGGAUUGGGAGAUGGAGUAUUGGCCUCAUAGGAUCUCCUACGAGGAGAUUGAGUCAGGGACCAAAGGGUUUGAUGAGAAGAAUGUGAUUGGUGUCGGUGGGAAUGGGAAAGUGUAUAAAGGUUUGUUGCAAGGAGGAGCUGUAGAAGUUGCGGUGAAGCGGAUUUCGCAGGAGAGUAGCGAUGGGAUGAGAGAGUUUGUAGCUGAGAUCUCGAGUCUUGGUCGGUUAAAACACAGGAACUUGGUUUCUUUAAGAGGUUGGUGUAAGAAGGAAGUUGGUAGUUUCAUGUUGGUGUAUGAUUACAUGGAGAAUGGAAGUUUAGACCGGUGGAUCUUUGAGGAUGAUGAGAAGAAACAUGUGCUUAGUUGUGAAGAGAGGAUACAGAUUUUGAAAGGUGUAGCUUCGGGGAUAUUGUAUUUACAUGAAGGAUGGGACUCUAAGGUGUUACAUAGAGAUAUUAAAGCUAGUAACGUGUUGCUUGACAAAGAUAUGAUCCCUAGGCUGAGUGAUUUUGGGUUAGCUAGAGUACAUGGACAUGAGCAAGCUAUUAGGACAACAAGGGUGGUUGGUACAGCUGGUUAUUUAGCUCCUGAAGUUGUUAAGACAGGUCGUGCAUCGACACAGACCGAUGUCUUCGCAUACGGUGUGCUAGUUCUUGAAGUAAUGUGUGGGAGGAGACCUAUUGAAGAAGGGAAGAAACCGUUGAUGGAUUGGGUUUGGGGGUUGUUGGAGAAGGGUGAGAUACUUAAAGGACUUGAUCCUAGGAUGGUGAGGAUGACAGAAGCUAGUGAUGAGGAGGCAGAGAGAGUUUUGCAGCUUGGUUUGCUUUGUGCACAUCCUGAUCCGGGGAAGAGACCGUCGAUGAGACAAGUGGUUCAAGUGUUUGAAGGUGAGAAGGCUGAGGUAUUUGAGGCGGGAAGUAGUGAAGAUGUUGAGUCAUGGAUGGUGAUGAAGUUUGGAUCUUGGAGAAAUUCAAGAGAGUUUUCGUAUGGAAGCUCGUCGCAUCCGACCAUAGAGCAGGUCAGACUUCAGUCUUUGUCUGUGUCUCUUUCGUCUUGGAAUAGUUCUAUUUUAGAUGGGCGGUGAUGAUGAUACGUAAAAUGGCUUGAGAGACUUCAAGAAUGUGGUUAUUUUGAGAGAUGGCCGGCCUUUCCUUGGCUCUUGUUGUGUACAUACACGGACGGUUUUGCAAACUGAUCACAUCAUAUACAUAUAUUGUUGUUGUUUUAUUUUUGGAUUUUUUUUUCAAUUUAUAUAUUGUAAAAUAAAUAAAAAUACAAAAUUUGUAUCAAAAAUAGAUUCAUUUUUACCGCAAAAAAUAUUCA